AGCAGCGGACUCCUCGUAGGUGUUCGACGCUUCGCCUUCGCCUUCGCCGUGAGCAAAGCAAACCCAAUCAAGAACACCAUGGUCAAACCCAUCGGCUCUCUCGCCAUCGCCGCCGUCGUCCCGCUCCUCGCCGCCCUGUGCCUCGUCUCCUGCACCGGCGGCGACGCCCGGUGGUGCGCUCCCGUCCCGUCGAUGACCGUCGAGCAGGCGUGCGACGCGGUGUGCGGCACGGCGCACAUGCUCAAGCUCUGCCUCCGCACGCUCCAGCCGCGCGCGCGCCGCGGCGGCGGCGAGCACCGGCGCCGUCGGGACGACGCCGUCACGCGCUACGUCGGCGCGGCCGCGCGCGGCGCGCUCGACGCGUACGCCGCCACGGCGGCGGCGAAGCGGGGGAUGCAGUACAGCGCCGCGCUGCCCGCCGAGGAGAGGACGGCGCACGAGCGGUGCAUGGCCGGGUACGACCUCGCCGUGCGCUUCAUGGGCCGCGUCGCCGGCGACCUGGCGAGCUGCGAGACGGCGGCGGCGCGCCUGAGGGACGACUGCGACGGCAGCCUCGCCGGCAUGGACGCGUGCAGGAGGAAGCUGUUCGGCUACCCGGCGUCGCCGCUGUACGGCCGGAACCUCGCCGACCGAAACAAGACCAUGCUCGUCGGCUUGCUCUCGAACCUCGUGCCGAUGCCGACACCGCCGCCGCCGCCGACGCCGUCGCCGUAGCCGUCGCCGGAGACCUAGACGACGCCAUUGUUGCUCACAGUUUGCUUGGUCUAAAAAUGCGAUGGCUCUUGCAUCGAUCGAAUCUAAUGCACGGUCAAAUUUACUGGAUCUAUACAUGUUUUGCACUUUGGCUUGCUAAUGUU